CUCCGCCUCCGCCUUCGCUCUCCUCCGUCGUCGCCGUCGCGCUCUGCUCUGCCACCGCCUCUGCUGCUCUGUUCUUCCUCUUCACUGCAGAGAGGGAGAGAGAGGGAGGGGGGCCGGAGGGGGCGUAGCUUCUUGCAUCAACAAUGGUGGAUAGUGACGAUAGUUUUGAGUGGGAAAGUGAUGGUGAGGCCGAACCCUCAUCAGCCCCGGCCUCGAGGAACAUGGAUGCUGCUGGUCUGUCAACAUUGGAUCCUAAUGGGCGGGCCAAUGGGGAAGCACCACCUAAUUCCUUAGUCGAGGGAUAUGUGGGAAUGGGUUUCAAAAGAGAGAUGGUCGUGAAGGGCAUUGAAGAGAUUGGUCACAAUGAUUCAAAUGCAUUGCUUGAGCUACUUCUCACAUAUAAGACACUAGGCGAUGAGGCUGCGGGCAAUUGCUCUACUUCUGGCCUCAUCCCCCGUAGCACUGAAGAUGACGAUGAUUUUGAUUUUGAAAACUGGGAUGGAGAUGAUGAUGCUGAUGGGAGAGAACCCAACUCCGAUGGUUCUGGUCGUGAGGAGUUUCUACGAGAGAUGUCAGAGAAGGACAACAAGAUCAAGUCCUUAGUAGACAUGGGUUUUCCUGAAGAUGAAGCAAAUAGGGCUAUUACCAUAUGUGGUGUGGAUACUGCUCUUUCUGUAUUAGUCGAUUCGAUCUAUGCAGCCCAAGCUGCAGGAAAUUGUAGUUAUAUGAAUCCAUCUGAAUAUGAGGUUACCGAUAGGGGCUUUGAUUCCUUUGGAGGGAGAAAGAAAGCAAGACUGAUGGAAGAUGGCAAGAAAAAGAUGAAACGUUAUGGAGGUGGAGCACAAGGAAGCCGAGCCCCCUUGGAAGGUUACCAUGGUGAACGAAUGCCUCUCCCACAUCCGAUGGUUGGAUUCAACCUACCUACUGAUAGGUUACGGUCAGUGACAAGAAGUCUUCCUAAACAAGCUAUUGGGGCACCUUAUUUCUACUAUGAAAAUAUGGCUCGAGCUCCAAAAAGUGUAUGGAUGGAAAUUUCCAGAUCCUUGUAUGACAUAGAGCCUGAGUUUGUGGAUUCUAAGUAUUUCUGUGCAGCUGCUCGGGAAAGAGGCUAUAUCCAUAAUUUGCCAAUUGAGAAAAGGUCACCUCUCCGUCCUCUCCCUCCAAAGACCAUAUUUGAGGCCUUUCCUCAUUAUAAGAAGUGGUGGCCUGCCUGGGACCACAGAGAGCAGCUCAAUUGCUUUGAGACCCGUGUGGCAACUCCAAAUCAAAUAAAACAGAUCGAAUGUGCUCUUGCAAGAACAAGUAAUCCACCACCUGUAACAGUUCAGAGGUAUGUAAUGGACCAGUGCAGAGAAUGGAACCUUGUUUGGGUUGGAAAGAACAAGGUUGCCCCUCUAGAGCAAGAUGAGAUGGAAUAUUUACAUGGUUUUCCAAAAAACCAUACGAGGGGGGUUGCCUGUAAAAAGAGGUACAUGUGUCUUGGCAAUUCUUUCCAAGUUGAUACUGUGGGCUACCACUUGUCAGUGUUGAAAGACAUGUUUCCCAAUGGUAUUAAUGUCCUGUCCUUAUUCACUGGCAUUGGAGGAGCAGAGGUAGCCUUGCACAGGCUUGGAAUCCACAUGAAGACAGUGAUAUCUAUUGAGAUAAGUGAAGAUAAUAGAAGGAUUCUAAAGGGUUGGUGGGAUCAGACCCAAACUGGCACGCUAAUUGAGAUUGCUGACGUGAAGUCUCUCACUAAUGAUAGAGUUGAAUCAUUUAUUAGAAGAUUUGGUCGCUUUGACUUAGUGAUUGGGGGCCUGGAGGGCGAGCAACCUGCUUUGUUCUACCACUAUUCUAGAAUCUUGAAAGCCGUCAAGUCGGCUAUGGCAAGGAUUUAGCCGAAGCUAUUACUGGUGAUCAGUCAAAAAGAUCUUGUUUCUUGGAUCAGUUGCUGUCAUUAUGUGAGCCCCAGAGGACAUCAGUUUGGAAAGAAGUUUCUUCCUGUUUCAUGUCACUUCUUGGAUAUCUGGGUGCAAACCAACUACUGCUUGGAGCAACAAUUACCACUGUAAACAGAAAGCUUCAGGACACAUGGUAUUCAUGUAGGCAGCAUAUGAUGGUGUAAUAAAAAGCUAGAUGCAUUUUAUAUAUUUCUUUUGACAUUGACAUCAGGCUUGUUUUUCUGAGUUCCUAUGGCUGAUCAUAUAUCCUUGAUGUGUAGGACUGUUCUUCUGUGAUUCUGACAAGUCGUCUUUGCACUUUUUGGACUAUAAGGUUGAUAACUUGUUCCUUUGUACUUCCAGUGAAAGAGGAUGACCAAGUAGAUAGACUAGUUAAUACGAUAGCUACUGGUAGUGUGGAUCAUUCCUGGAUACCAUAUUUUGGAUAAAUCCUGGACUAUUAUUGCCUUUUUCCACACUACUUGAUAAUAUACUGAAGAUCCUGUUUGACA